CCGUGGAGUGAGUGUGCGAAAAAACCCCGGCGCCCUCUUCUCCCCGGUUACCGAAUAUGACACAAUGUCUGCUGGUAUAAAAAGCUAGGGCCACUCCUAUCAAGGCUCCACUGCAUGUGUGUGUGUGGAGACCGCUACGGGGCUCCUCUGCUUUGAAUAAAAAGAGAGAAGAAGAAGAAGAGGAGGAGGACGGACUGUGCUGUUGGAUCCAGCCUGUGCAGACCAGAGGAUGGCCACCCUGGUAGUAGAACCUGCAGAGAUGGAGACUUUAGGCGGACAGAGCCACACCGGGGCUUCUCCCACCUCCUCCAGCCCCUCGCAGCACUUCAUCGACAGUAAAUUCUACCUGCUGGUGGUGAUCGGAGAAAUCCUGACGGAGGAUCAUCUGAAGUGUGCCAUUGCGGACAUAGAGAAAGGGAUCCGGUCAUGGGACACCAACCUUAUCGACUGUAACCUGGACCAGGAGCUUAAGCUGUUCGUCUCCAGACACUCAGCUCGUUUUUCUGCAGAUGUCAGAGGGCAGAGGAUUCUUCACCAUAAGAGCAACGUUCUGGAAACAGUGGUGCUUAUUAACCCUUCAGAUGAGGCAGUCAGCACAGAGGUUCGUUUGAUGAUCUCAGACACUGCUAGACACAAGCUGCUUGUUCUCUCAGGCCAAUGUUCUGAAAACACAGGAGAGCUCAUUCUGCAAUCAGGAUCAUUCUCUUUCUUCAACUUCAUAGACAUUUUCACUGACCAAGAGAUCGGUGAAUUGCUCAGUACCAUUCACCCAGCAAACAAAGCCAACCUUACUCUGUCCUGCCCUGAACAAGGCGACUGGAAAAACUCCAACUUGGACAAACACAAUCUACAAGACUUCAUUAACAUGAAACUGAACUCCGCUCUCAUUCUUCCUGAAAUGGAGGGCCUCUCAGAGUUCACAGAGUACCUAUCUGAAUCGGUAGAGAUCCCCUCUCCUUUUGACAUGCUAGAACCACCAACCUCGGGUGGAUUCCUCAAACUCUCCAAACCAUGCUGCUACAUUUUCCCUGGUGGUCACGGUGACUCUGCUCUCUUUGCUGUAAAUGGCUUCAACAUGCUCAUAAACGGUGGCUCAGAUAGGAGGUCAUGCUUCUGGAAGCUGGUAAGACAUCUGGACAGAGUGGACUCCAUUCUGCUCACGCAUAUUGGUGACGACAACCUGCCAGGAAUCAACAGCAUGCUGCAGAGAAAGAUUGCAGAGCUUGAAGAGGAACAGUCACAGGGAUCCACAGCCAACAGUGACUGGGUGAAAAACAUGAUUUCACCAGAUAUUGGUGUUGCUUUUGUCAAUCUUCCUGAAAACUUGGACAUUCCUGAACCUAAUUUCAGAGUGCGGAGGAACAUUGAGGAGGCAGCGAUCACACAGCAGUUCCUCACAAAGCUCAAUUUAAGGAUAGAGCCUCUACAAAGGCCUGUUGGAAACACCAUAGAACCAAUCACACUUUUUCAGAAAAUGGGUGUGGGAAAGCUUGAGAUGUAUGUGCUUAAUCCAUCAAAGAACAGCAAGGAGAUGCAAUACUUUAUGAAGCAGUGGACAGGUAGUGAAAAAGACACUGCUUCCAUUCUGUUACCAAAUGGAAAAGAAUCAGAGUACCCUGUCUCUUAUUUGACUUCGAUUUCGUCACUCAUUGUGUGGCACCCUGCAAAUCCCUCAGAAAAGGUUGUUCGUGUUCUCUUCCCUGGAAAUGCCACCCAGCAUCAUAUCUUUGAGGGCUUAGAAAAGCUCAAACACUUGGACUUCUUGAAGCAGCCAGUUGUCACUCAGAAGGCAAUGGCGUCUAAUAUGCCAUCAACACCAACAUUAAAGCAAACCAAAAUGAAGCACAGGACAGAUAGCAAAGAGAGCCUAAAGUCUACUCCAAAGCCAUCACCAAGUAAGAACAUCAGAAAGGAGUCCAAGGAGGAAGCACCGGAAAAGGCCAAGGCAGAUGCGGAAUCAUCUCAUGAAAAAACACAAAAGACAGAGAAAAAAGACAAGGCUCCACUAAAAAAAGAAAAGGCAAAGACUUCAGAGAAAGAAUCAAAAACAAAGGCAGAGCAGAGAGCUCAAAACGAAACUCCAGAAAAAAAGAAGUCUGAAAUAAAACCCAAAACUGAAAAGGAAAAGAUUGUUAAGAAGGAAACAAAGAAGACUUUGGAAAAGAAAAAGGAGGUGAAAGUAGCAAAGAAAGAUGACACACCAAAGCAAGAAAGUAAAAAAGAUGAAAAAGUAAAGAAAGAAGAGGUAAAGAAAGAUAUUAAAAAAGAUGCUAAGAAAGAUUCCCCCAUGAAGGACAAGAAGGAAGACAAGAAAGAGCAGAAGAAAGAUGUGAAGAAGCCCUCUAAAGAAAUAAAAAAGACAGCAGUUGGAGGUGAGGAGAGGAGUGUGGCAUCAAAACCAAAACCCCUGAAAAAUGAUACUGCAAAAAAAGAUGGAGGAGUCCCAAAGUUAAAGGACAAAGGAAAAUCAAAGGUGACAAAGAAGGAGACAAAGGUGGAUAGUAGCACACUUUUAGCUAGUGCAGCAGCAGCUGCAGUUGCAGUUGCCGUUAUAGAAGAUCCAGAGGCAGAGAGAUCUCUGAUGUCAUCACCAGAGGACCUCACGAAAGACUUUGAGGAGCUGAGAGCAGAGGAGCUGGUGGACGAUGAUGCAACUGUGCAACAACAUAAGGAAGAAGAAACUGUGGUGAACCAAAGUGAAGAAAUAAUCCAAACUAAAGAGUCACCAGAGGCGUUAGAAUCUGUGGAUGAGGGUAUUACCACCACAGAAGUUGAAGGUGACAGCGGGGUGACUCCAGAAGAACAGGUUAUCAAAGGGAAACUCAAUGGUAGUGUUAGUGAGAAAUUUGAAGAUGAGGGAACUGUAAUGGAGGAGACAUCUGAGGGAGGGGAUUAUGAAGAGAAAGGCGAGACAGAAGAAGUUUAUGAACCACAAGGGGCAGAAUCAGACAAACACAUGUUUACUCCCCCUGAAGAUGAUGUCAAACCAAGAGAUACCAUUGAGGACAAUGAGGAUGUGACUAAUAGAAAUGUAGAGGUCCAGCAUGUUGAAAAAGAACCAGAAAAACAGAGUCUGUUUGUAUCAGCUUCACCGAAAGUAUCUUCACCUGUUUCUCCGGCUACAUCUAUCCAUGAUGAAAUGCUUCCAGUUGGCUUUGAAAGCUCAACAGCCUCAGAUGAUGAAAACAGAGAUGAACCUCCUGAAGAUUACACUGUGACCUCUGCCCACACUCAGUCCACUAUUGAGAUCUCCAGUGUACCUACUCCCAUGGAUGAAAUGUCAACUCCUAAAGACAUUAUGAGUGAUGAGACUGAAUCUCCCUCGCAGGAUGUUGGCAAGUUUGCAACAUCUACAUCUGAAGAGUUUGAUAGGAAGAAGCUCUCGCCACUUCAAGAUAUCCCUAAAUCAGAUCACUCGCAGAGUGGUGCCACAGAAGGUCAUGACUACAAUGCCUCUGCUUCAACAAUAUCUCCUCCUUCAUUAUUAGAAGAGGAUAAAUUCUGUAAGGAAUUUCCCUCUGACGUAAAACCAGAAGGCUUUACAACAUCGCUAGAGUCCAGUGAGAAGUACAAUGAGGACCCAGCAAGACUUAGUUCCACUUCCUCAAUGUCACCUCUUGUGCGUUCUCCAUCAGUGGACAGCAAGGAAAAAUUUGAUUCUCCCUCAGUUUUUGCUGCUCCAAUAGAACUAUCUACCACACUGGCAGGUUCCACCAGAGCAGCAGUCGAUUCCUCCAUCAGCCCAGAUGACAAGACAUUGGAAGGAGCCAACUCACCCCAAUCCUCUGGUCACACACCUUACUAUCAGUCUCCAGUGGAAGAAAAAGCAGGACCUCUUCCACCUGUGCCAGAAGUAAAAGCACAGGGUCCAGUAAUUGUAGAGGUUACAAGUGACAAAGAGGACUCCAACAGAGUUACCCCAGAGCCUGAUGAGCCAGAACUAGAGAGUUCAUUCACCAUAGAGAAGGAAAUAUUUCCUCCAAAAAGUCCUCCUGCAACUGGACUUGAUUCCCCAACCAAGAGGGAUCAGCUGCUAUUUGAUGUGGAUCAAAAGAAAACCAGAGAAAACAGCCAUCCUGUUUCAUCCUCUGCACCAAUAACCAAACAUGAGCCAGACACCAAUCCUUUCACAACCUUCAAAGAAGAGAGUAAAAUGUCCAUUUCAGAAGGUACAACAUCAGACAAGUCGGGGACCCCUCUUGAGGAAGUGGUAGCAGAAGACACAUUUUCACAUCUAGCUUCGGCAUCCACUGCCUCGCUGGCCACCAGCUCCUUGCCAGAGCCGACGACUGACUCACCUUCCCUUCAUGCUGAAGUAGGCUCUCCUCACUCAACAGAAGUAGAUGACUCCCUGUCUGUUUCUGUGGUUCAGACUCCAACUACCUUCCAUGAGGCCGAAGGAUCCCCAUCUAAGGAAGAUAGCCCUAGGCCAAUGUCUAUCUCCCCAGAUAUCUCACCAAAGACAAAAAGCAGAACACAGAUGCAGGACACAAGAUCCCCAGAGCACUCCACCAUGUCAAUAGAAUUUGGCCAGGAGUCCCCUGAUCACUCCUUAGCCUUGGAUUUUAGCAAGCAAUCUCCAGAGCAUCCGUCUGUUGGAGGAAGUUCACGUGCAACAGAAAAUGGCCCGACUGAGGUUGACUACAGUCCAUCUGAUGGAAAUGAUGCAAAACCAUCUGGAGAGCCCAGUUCUGCUGUAGAGAAACCUUUGCUUUUUGAAGAGAGCGAUGCAGUCCGUGCUACUUCUGCAACCCCUUCAGAUGCAUCUCAGUCCACUCCCUCUGUUACCACCCCCUGCCAGAUGGCAGAGAUGCCACGUGGUGAGUCUGAGCAGACAGAUAAAUCUCCAGUUACGCCAAAAGCAGCCUCCCUUAACCAGUCUCCUGAAUCAUCCCCAGUGUUGGGAGAUCCUCUAGCCAAAGAGAGCAGCAGCCCAAUUUCACCAUCCGUGGAGAGCGCUGGUAAUAAAUCGGACUCAGAGGAGAAAAAUGAUAAAUCACCUUCACCUCCCAAAGCUUCUUCUCCAUCAUCUCCAUUUACUUAUUCUAAGGAAGAGAAACUUUCUCCCAUAAAAGACACUAAUCCCUUUAAAUGUGAUGAAUCAAACAUUGAUAAAAAGUCACCUGUUAGCCCCAAAGUUCCUUCCCCUACAAGUCUACCUCUCUCAUCUGAAGCACGUAAUUUCACUUCUCCCUGUGGCUCCAGGGACCCAGAUUUCAACAAGAAGAGCCCCUGUGCUCCAUCUAAAACAGAUGUCGACCUCUGCCUAGUCUCCUCAUGUGAGUACCGUCACCCCAAGACAGAACUCUCUCCCUCUUUCAUCAACCCUAACCCUCUGGAAUACUUCAUAAGUGAAGAGAGCAACUUGGAAGAGGAGAAGCCUCUGGCCAAGUCAGGAGGAGGCCCACCACCUCCAGGAGGGAGGCUCUCUUCCAAGCAGUGCGAAGAGACUCCACCUACAUCUAUUAGUGAAUCUGCCCCCUCCCAGACUGAUUCAGAUGUUCCACCAGGUACAGAAGAAUGCCCCUCCAUCACGGCAGACGCUAACAUUGACUCUGAAGAUGAUUCAGAGACAUUGCCGACUGACAGAACCCUCACCUACAGACAUGCCGAUCCUCCUCCAAUGGCACUCAGGGACUCUGCUCCAUCAUCUGGUCACCACGAUGUUUGUAUGGUGGACCCCGAAGCCCUCAAGGCUGAAGAAAACCUCAACAAUGCUAAUACAGAUGGAGGAGAAAAGACCAAGAAGAAAAAACUUACAAAAAAGUCAUCCUCACCAGCUAGGAAAGGUGUUCUGUCAAAGGUCAGGGAUUCAAAGACCGCCUCUCCAAAGAAAGGUGUAGGAGAAGGAAAAGAUGCCAAAAAUGCAACCAAUACCUCUGCAUCCAGAGGUGUGAAAAAUGCCACAUCAGGUACUGGCACUGGAAAGGCAGCAGGUGGAGCAGCUCUGCCCAACUGUCCUCCCAUGUAUAUGGAUUUGGUUUACAUCCCCAAUCAUUGCAGUGCCAAGAAUGUGGAUGCUGAAUUUUUUAAGCGUGUGCGGUCGUCUUACUAUGUCGUCAGUGGGAAUGACCAGACAGCUCAGGAGCCCAGUAAGGCAGUCCUUGAUGCCCUGCUGGAAGGAAAGGCCCACUGGGGAAACAAUAUGCAGGUCACUCUUAUUCCAACCCAUGACACUGAUGUGAUGAGGGAGUGGUACCAGGAGACCCACGACAAACAGCAAGAACUGAACAUCAUGGUCCUGGCCAGCAGCAGCACUGUCGUCAUGCAGGAUGAGUCUUUCCCUGCAUGUAAGAUAGAGAUGUAAACCCGCUGAAUGAAAGAUCUGUCCAUCAGUACGCCGAGAAAGCAUACGAUAGUAAGAGAGAUUAAUAUUUUAGAAAGGAGACAAACUCAUGUAGCAUUAACCCUAAGCAUAUACUUAUUCACAUAUGCUAAACUCACAUUUUGUGUCCUAGUUCACAAAAUUAAACAUUUGCUAAAAAAAAACUUACACUAAUACUGAUAAAAGGUAGCUCACGGCAAGUCCAUGUAAGGGAUUCUUCAGAAUGUGCAACGACUUGGAAAAGAAAACAAAAUUUGAUCGGCAAAUCUGACUUUAAGUGUUCAUGGAUUUUGCUCCAGACAUAAAGUGAAAACUAAACUUAAUAAACUUCUCUUGCAUCCAUCCCUCAAGAACUUGUACCUAACCUUAAUGGCUGUCCAGUAAAAUAAACCUAAUCAUGUACUAUUACGUUGCCGAAUACUGGCUGUUAUUCACACCAAAGGAUACGAAACAGCAUGUUUUUUGUUAUUGCCUUAGGGAGUCUAAAUGAAUGUAUAAGACCAGAAGCAACUGACAGACAACAAAAGAGUAGGCAGGUGACACUACACACCAGAGGUCAACCCCAAAUAGAACUGUUAAAUGGUUACUUAGCUGAAAGGAAAAUGAAAAAUUCACUUGAAGGGGAUACUCAACACUGAUUAGCAUCGAUAUAACACGACUUCAUACCCAAAACAAAGGGCACCCACUAAUGUGAAAUUGUUUAGGUUUUAUUGAUUUUGAAUGACUUCUAAAAAAGUAUGUCUGUUUUUGUUUUUUUUUUUAGUUUUCGGUUUGUUUUUUGUUACUGCUCAUGUACGAGUAUUUAUUUUACUAUGAUAACGUGCUUUAGGGUUUCGUCGCCUUUUUACCGUGCAACAGGAAGUUUCAUCUGAAUGCUCUCCCUUGCCUUUGUCACAUCUGUAAAGUUGCACCAUUUAGCGGUAUCUCUCUGCCUUUUAUUUUGGAAUGUGUCCGUUUUAUUUGCAGAUUUUAAGUUAUUUCAACGAGAGAGUCGGCUCUUACUUCGAAUGCCUCUUUUGGUUUAAUUAUUGAGCUAUAGGGGGAGCUAGCCUUUUCCCAUUUUUGAGCUGGUCAAGCAGGAUAUUUUCAUAAACUUUAAAAUGUCUUGUUUUUCUAAAGCGUUGUACUAUAAUUAUAAAUAGUUUUGUGGCCAGGUGAGUGGCUGGAGAACUUGUGCAUGAGUUACGAUACAUUAGGAUUUGUUCGGUUUUUUUUAAUGCUAAUUUUGCUCAGACUUGCAUUAAGAACAACAGGGCUAUAUAGGCUAUAUUAUGAAAUGUAUGGAGCGUUUUUAUGAUUUUUGCAAGUUGUGCCAUGACAAUCUUGUAUACUACAGUAACCCCAGUGGUUGCCAUGGCAUUGUAUCAACAAAACUUGAUUGUGGGUGCAUUACAGUUUAAUUCCUUAGGAUGGUUUUUUGAGCAUUGCUCCUCUUUAAACCGGAAUGCCACAGUAAACAGUAUUCCGAUGAGGGGUGAUCUUCAGAGGGACAGCACACAGUGGAGCGUGAGUGACUUGUGUGUUUUAGAUGAAAGUAUGUAAGACAAAAACUUGACACUUUAAACACAAACAUGACACAAAUGAACAGUAGUCGACAGGCCAUGAAACCUUAAACCAAUCACAUCUCAGUGGCUUACAGGCUUUGAAACACGGGACAACUUCUUCAACAAAGACAGCAGAUAUUUCUUUACUGAUGUCAGGUGAUAACAUUGUAGACCAGAUUUCCUCUAGGGGACUUCAAACAACACCAUGACCAUACUGUCAAUCAACAACAAACCUUCAAACUCCGAACAGACAUCUCUCUGGAACUGACAUCUAUUUUUUUCUGUCUUUCUCUACACCUGCUCUUUCUCUUCCACUCUCUGUCUAUUUAACUCUGCCUUUUUCUUCUUACCUUUCUCUCGGGAGAUCUUUAAUAAUGUUCGUCUGCAGCUGUGUGGUAUAUUUGUCUUGUGAUCUUGCAUCCUUUUUACCCUUCUCCUCCCCCCGACUCAUAUGUAACCUAUAGCAAUUAGUUUGAAGUGAAAGUAUUCCUUAGUGCUUUCUGAUGUUUGUGUGCAAUAUUUCCUUCGACCCAUAUGGCAAAACUGACGUAUAAGGGGAACCACUACUAAAGAGCAAACAUUCAAGAACAACCACAAUAAAAAUCUGUUGUGAAAAAGCUGAA